AUGUUGAUCACUCCCCUGAUCCGAGGAGCAGUGCACUGUCCCACAGUGCCACAGCCCCUCAGUGCCACAGCCCCACAGUGCCACAGCCCCUCAGUGCCACAGCCCCUCAGUGCCACAGCCCCUCAGUGCCACAGCCCCACAGUGCCACAGCCCCUCAGUGCCACAGCCCCACAGUGCCACAGCCCCACAGUGCCACAGCCCCACAGUGCCACAGCCCCUCAGUGCCACAGCCCCACAGUGCCACAGCCCCUCAGUGCCACAGCCCCUCAGUGCCACAGCCCCACAGUGCCACAGCCCCACAGUGCCACAGCCCCACAGUGCCACAGCCCCUCAGUGCCACAGCCCCCCCACUGA